AAAAAAAAAAAUAUUGAGAUAUUAAAAAUGGAUACAAUCAGAUAAAAUAUUUUAGGAUCCUAAGAAGCUAAAUAUAACCUUGUUUUGCAUCUUCAAAAGAGGAAAAAAGUCAAAGAGAUGUACAGAAUGAAAGGUAUUGAUAUGCUCGAUAAGCCUGAGUUAGUCAUUUCUGAUAUAAAAGAACCUAAUUUAACGCCUUAAUAAGUUUUAAUUUAUUAGGCUAUGAAAAGUGAAUUAACUAAUAAAGGCUACUCUGAUUUUAGGUUUUUAGCACAUGGAGCAUAGGGAUUAGUUUUGUUAGCAAAAGAUUCGAAAACUAACAUGAGGUAUGCCAUCAAAGGUGUUUAAGUUAGAGAUUUUCUAGGUAAUCUUGACGAAGAUCUUAACAAUCAAGUGAAACAAGAAGUAGAAAUUCUCAAAAAAUGUAGAGACUCACCUUAUGUAGUCAGUCUUAUAGAUUAAUUUGAAGGAAAUGAAUUUAGUUACUUAGUUCUAACUGAAUGUUAAGGAACUCUCACCUAAAUUUUAGAGUUCUAAAACAAAAGACUGAAUGAAUUAUCAGCAAUCAAAUACGCUAAGGAUAUUGCUCAAGGUCUCUACUACAUUCACUCUAAGGGUUACCUUGUUAAUGAUCUGAAAACGGAUAGUAUCUUAAUUGACUACAAUGGAAAUGCAGUUGUUUGUGGUUUUGAUGUGGCAGAUAACUUUGAAAAAAAUUCUGGCUAUUCGAUCAAUAAAUAUAUGGGAAACUUCUUGUAUCAAGCACCAGAGUGUUAUGACCCAGCUGAUCCAUACAUAGGUAAGGUUUAUCAUGAUAAAUAUUAAAAAUUAGGCAUUACUGUGAGACUAGAACCAAGUGUUAGAAGCGAAGCAUGUUCUUUAGGAUAUCUAAUUUAUACAUUGGUCUAGGGAGUAGGUUAUUUAGUAUCAAAUAAGCACGAGCAAUUAAAUUAUGAUGAUGAAUUUAAAAAUUUUGUUUAUCACAAAUAGCUUAAAUAUAUUAUUGAAGGAUUAACUAAUUUUGUUCCAAUGAAUAGAAUAUCUAUUAAUGAGGCUUUAAUUAUUCUAAAGGGAAUUAUUUCUUUUGAAUUUUAGUUGGAUGAAAUGCUUAUUGAGACGAUAGAUGAAAACACUCAACAGUUCACAAGUUCACUCAAAAAUCAAAUUGAAUUUGUUAGAAAUUUUUCAAAUAAGUUUUACCCAAUUAUUAAAAGCGAAGAGACCUUGAUCUAAGAGUUGAUAGAAGGCCCAAAUUUUACCAACAUAUCCUCAAUUUAUUCCAAAUAAUAUGUAAAAAAGGAGGCAAAAAUAGAAGAAUCAUAGAAAACAAAUCUCUAACUAUAAUAAAGAAUUAGCGAAUAAGAUAAAACAAUUAAAAUUUUAUUAACCUAACUAGAAUAAUCUUAGAAUUAGUUAAUAAAUCAACCUUAGGUUACGAUGAUGCAAACGAUGAAGAAAAUUAAUUAGUAACAUUUUAUUUUUUUAAGAAACCAAUUAAAAAAUAGGAAAAGAAAGAUGAUUUGCCAAAAGAAAAAACUAACUUUAAAUUCAAAAAAUAAGUAAGUUUAUAACAGAAACCAAUAAAAAUAUUAUGAAAAAGAAACAUGUAAUUAAUUCCUUUUGAAAAAUUAUUUAAGAAUUAAAGAAAUAUCAUUCAUUCCUUAAAAAAAUGAAUAGCUAGAAGUAAAUCACUUUGAAAAUCAUGAUCAUAAAUUCAUAUUCAUAUUCUUUUAG